UUGGAGAAAGUUUAUUUCUCAUACAGAAGUUGGCGCGAGAACAGUGAAUACUCUUUCCGAAAUAAUUAAUUUUUAUCAAAAAGUUUAAAUUAAUUAAUUCUGUUAGUUUUUUUUUUUUUAUUUAACCGUAUUACUAAAAAAUAAUAUAUAUCAAAAUGUUUUGGGGAUUGAUAAUGGAACCAAACAAGCGGUACACGCAAACCGUAGAAAAAGCAUUCCACGUGUCUAUGGCGACUCUUGAUGUUACGACCGCAGAUGAUGCAGUUGUUCAGGUUAUGCUAUGUUAUGAUAACCGUAAUUAUCUUUUGUGUAACUUGCUUAAAAGUUCAUCUCAAGCCCAGCUUGAUUUAAACUUCAAAGAAGGAACCAGAAUUUCAUUCACAUCUAACGGUCGUGGACAUGUACAUUUAACUGGUUAUUUGAUACCUGAUGAGUUAGAUGAUCUUGAGCAAGAUUUAGAAGAGGAAGAAAUUCCUGAAUUAGUUGCUAAGAAUGAUAAGCGCAAAGCUAAGGAAUUGCCAGUAGAUAAAAAAAUGUUGAAACGUUUGAAGACUCUUAAAAAUGAGUCUUCUGAAGAUGACUCCGACGAUGAUGACGAUGAUGAUGAUGAUGAUGAAGAUCAAAGUAUGUUGGAGCGUGAAGAUGACAGUGAUUCUGAUGAAGAGGGAAGUGAUGAGGAAGAAGAUGAUGACGACGAUGAUGAUGAAGAAGAAGAAGUAGUACAAGCAAGACUUCGAGUACAAAAUGAGCUAACUAAAAAACAAAAAAAACAACAGAAUCAAAUUCAAGAAACUGCCAAGCAAAAUAAUUUGGUUAACGGCAAAGACAAAGGAGAAAUGAAGAAGAAGAACAAUGAAGAGCAAAAGCCUCAGAAUGAACAACUGGCUAAGAAAAGAACUUUAACUGGCGGUGUAGCUAUUGAAGAGCUUAAAGUUGGUACUGGCGCUCCAGCUAAAUCAGGCAAAUUCAUUUCGGUCUACUACGUUGGGAGAUUAAAGAAUGGUAAAAAGUUUGAUUCAACUACAAGUGGAGAUGGUUUCAAAUUCCGCCUUGGUAAAGGAGAAGUUAUCAAAGGUUGGGACAUUGGUGUACAAGGCAUGAAAGUUGGUGGUAAACGACGUAUCACAAUACCUGCACCUAUGGGCUAUGGUGCCAAAGGAUCACCACCUGCUAUUCCUGGAAAUAGUACCUUGGUAUUCGAAGUUGAACUUAAAAAUGUUCAUUAACUAUAUGAUGAUAAUUAUAAUUAAAAUAAGUAUUGACUUAUAAUUUUUUUAAAUACAGUAUAAAGAUAUUUUAAAUGGCUCACUCACUCAUACCUCUUAAAACUUUAAUCAUUUAGCUUAAUAUUAUGUGCCAUUAAUAAAUGAAUCAUUCCAUAAUAAUAUACUUAAAAAUUCUUGUUUCAUGAAUUAUUUUUUCAAUGACAAAAAAAAAGUAACUACUAAAUUUAUAUAUCAGCUCAGUACUUUUUUACAUGCUUUUUUUCAUACUUGAAUUAUAUAUUUUGUAAUACGAAAUAUUUACAAUCCAUUGAACAUUUUUUUGCUACUAUCAUAAGGUAAAGAUAAUUGAACAAUUUUAAUUGUAUUUGGCAUGUUAAAAAUAAAUUAUCGUUAUAACUUACAA